AUGCAGCUAUCCCUCCUCACCACCAUAGCUGCCUUCGCCGGGCUAGCUGCGUGCCAGUGUCCCUCGUCGAUUCCACAAUGCGCCCAGUCGUGUCUCACGAUAGGAGCUUCUUCAGUCGGGUGCGGAGAGACGGACUACACGUGCCAGUGUACGGACCAACACCAGACCGACAUCACGAGCAACGCCACCACCUGCGUGCUCGCCGCGUGUGGCGAGCAGACCGCUCUCAACGAGGUCCUCCCGGCCGCCCAAGCCUUCUGCUCCGCCAUCAACGCCGGCGAAUCCUGCUCCUCGGCCAGCGCCGGGAGCACCGGCACUAGCAGUACCGCGGCAUCUUCCGGCUCGAGUUCUGCCUCGGGCUCGACUCCGUCGACUAGUGGCUCUCAGACAAGCACCGGCACCGGUUCCACCGCCACGACAGAGGGCUCGUCGUCUGCCACCCGCACGGCGACAACCACCGAGUCCUCCGGCACGGGCACUGCCACGGGUGCCAGCGCGAGUGCCUCGAGCACUGCUGGUGCGGCCACCAUGGGCUCUGUUGGCUCGCUUGGCAUCGCGGUUCUUGGUGCCCUUGUCAUGUUGUAG